AUGGCCAAGCUCGUCAACGCCCGAAAGAUUAGCACGUUUGCUGGCAAAAUGCUCAUCAAAGGGUAUUCUACAGUUCUGGUCCCUCCACGACGACACCAGGGCGUCGUGACUUGGCACGCCAUCUCCAGUUCUGAUGGCAGUUACAUCUCGUACUCGGACGCCGCGGCAACUUACCGGCACAUCGUUGGCUGGAGCGUCCAUGUCGACAACUAUGCCGGUGCUCCAGGUGCCAACUACGACAUUGGCUGGUCCAAGUUGUCAAAGCCAGACUCCGGCGGUGCUUUUGACAAGGUUUCUAUCGUGGCCGGCACGCACAUCACGGUGGGCUUGUCCUGCGUCCUGGGCAAGAAAGACAAGCCUGUUCACCUCAGGGGCCGAGACGACUACAUCAGGCGGCUCAAAUGGAUAUCUAAGAAGUUCGUGAUACUCUAUGACACUACGGACAACAGAGCUUGGCUCGUUGAUGGAGCAAGUGCUCUACUGCACCUUGUCAGGGCAUCCCUGAAGCGCGACACUUCAGACGACUUCGAGACCCAGUUUCUAUAUGACAAGUGCUCGAUGCAAGAGGCUGUAAAUGCUGGCACGGGCAGGGCGGCGUCAAUUGAUGGGAUGGAUCGUGCCAUCAUCAUUGAUUUUGAUUCUUGCCAACAAGAAGGAAGUAAGCUUGGCACCAAGUCUCAAUGUGCGACGACAGGGCAGACUUAUCGCCGCCGCCUUGUACCGACUUAA